AUGGCCGCUCUCACCAGAAUUGGGGAAUUCCUUCUCUUUACCCUGCAAGUCAUUUGGACAGUUGUACUCGUCUUAACAUCCUAUGUCCUUGGCCGCCCCCUAGGUGGCCAUGCCCUGAAAAUAGGACGCAUCUCUCCUCUCUUAUUGACUCUGCAUGACGUGCGAUAUUCUGGUGCGCUCUACCGCCGCGAUUAUACCUACACCUUCACGGCGACUUCCCUGUCCGUCGCGUUUCACCUCCCCCGUCCAUCAUACCCACGCUGGUUCACAUUGUCCUCGCAUUCUCUAUUCUACGUGUCGUCGACGAGUGACAUAUCUGUCUCCACACUUGAUGUGACCUUCUGGGUCUUCCCUUAUCUCGCCAGGCGCACGGCAGGUCAAUGGGCGAGUGUCGAGCUCGACGGGUUUCGCAUCCGCGUGCACAAGAGCAACGCGACGCCGUACUGGAUCCAAAAGCUGCGACAAAACGUCGUCACUGCAUUGCUCCAAGGCGAAAUCUACCGCUUGGAUGACUUCUGGACGAAGGUCCAGUUCGCGGGCGUGUCUGAAUCGUUUGCUCCCGGAAGGUCUGUCCGUCGGAGGCGCAAGGGCGUCCAUCGUGAUGCGCCCCCGCCCUCCACUAAUACAGACACAGACGAGCUGCGCAUCUCCGCGUCAGCGCGCCAGCUGCACCUCCACAAUACCGAAGGGCGUGUCUAUACGUUUGGCGUAGUCGACGCGCAGCUGCGCCGCGACUGGGAUCAAGACCGCGGGAGCUUCGUCCUGGUCGUGGAGGAGGCACGCUGGGUAAAAGUGCACUGGCUGUUUCAGCGUACGCCGACGCCGUGGUGGUCACAGAUCGUCACCUCAAUUACACAGUUCCCUUUGGAUGUGGCGCAUGUGCUGCGACACCCAAUGAGUACCGUGAAUAUUUAUGCUACGCGUACAGACAUUACAUUCGACGAAUUUCGGAUACGAGACGCUUCUCUCGUGGUCCAGGCACUGACCAUUCUGCGUGCAAAGACGGCUAAUAUGGGUAUCAAUUGGGCGGAUGUAUUAUUCGACGCCGUUAUUCAUACAUUUGUACGCCCUUAA